AUGAAGAUGGACAAUAAAAGAUUUAAACUGAUGCUAGGACUUAAUUAUGUAGGGUCAUCAAGUAAGAUAUUACAACUAAUCCAUAGAUUAUUUUGCUUCAUCCACUAAAUCAAAUAGUCUCAAAAGAUGUGCCAAUACUUAAACAACUACUUAGGAUUUGGCUUAAUUUAACUAUUUAUUACAAUCUCCAUAAAUUAUUAAGGUAUUAAUUCUUACAAUUUAUAAUAGAAAGUCAAAUUAACUACUGAAAGCACUAUUCAUAUCUAUGAAGACGAUUUAUAUUGCUAUGAAAGUAUACAAAAUGAUGAAUCAGCACCAAUUACUUUUUAGACUAAAUCUUCUCCAAUCCCAAUAUAGAAAGAAUUCUACAAUAUCAAUCCUCUUUACUUAUAAGAAUACAAUGAGAAAGAAUAUAACUAUAAAACAAGAGCUAUUAUUUUAAAUCGAAUUUAAGAUAAUUGUCAGAAUUUGAAUAACUCUUUUUCUCAUAAAGCUAUAUAUCUUUAUGAUUUGUUCCUUUGCAAACUUUAAAGUAAAACCAUAAGCAAUUAAACACAAUUAAGAUUUCUCUCCUUAGCUAUAAUCUUUGUAAUUACUAAAAUGAAUACUGAAACUCCAAAUAUUAGUUAACUCUUAUCAUAGUCAUCACUUAAUAUGACCAAACAAUAAUUAAUAUAAUAUGAGAGACUAAUUCUUAAUGUAUUAGAUUGGCACACUAAUCCCUUAACCUUAUAAGAUAUAAUGUAUGAAAUUAUUUACAGAUUUUAUAUUACUUUUCCCCAUUUAAAAAUCUAAUCAGAACAAAAUAAUAAAAUCAUAAAUUAAAUUAUUAAUACUAUUGUUCUAGACCAUAAUUAUUUAAAAUAUACUUUAGAAGAUCUCUCCUUUUCAAUAGUAUCAGUACUUUUUAAUAAAGAUCUAUAAGAAGAUUAAUUUGAAGAUUUUCUUAAGAUUUAUAAUAAAUAAAAAUAGAAUAUCUAAUAAACAAUUAAAUUUGUAUCUAAGUAUAUAAGAGUAAUUAAUUAGUUGGUAUUUUAUAAAUUAAAAAUUUUUAGAAUGAAAAAUAACUUGAUAUUAAUUCAUUAGAAAUACUUAAAUUAGUUUGUGAUUGA